AUGGUCAACCUAGUAGACUUGAUGACUGGGCCGCAGCUCUAUCGGAAGUUUCUCCAGGGAGAGCAUAAGUACACGAUUCCUGAGUACCUAGGCAAUACUACCAUGUCAUUCUGUAGAGGUCUUUUUUAUUUCUCAACCUCACUAGCCUUUGGUCCCGUCAUUGUGUGUUAUCUGUAUAAUCGGAAUUAUCUCCAACCUCAAACGAUACUAUUUAUUCUGAAGUAUGCAGGAUUGAUGGCAAUGUUCGGAUUGAUGGGAAGAUUUAUUGGAAGAUCUAUGGAUCCUCUGUACAAGGAGUUCAUUGGGAUUUAUGCAAAAGCUCGAGCAUCAGGCAAACCUGAAGACAAUGACGCUCUAAAACAGUUCGAUUUUGAGUUGUUUGGAGUGAAUGCUGAUUACACAGCCCUUCCGAACAAAGAUCUGUGGUAUAAUCAACCAAAUGAAACGAAUGCCAAUCCGUUCACGAAAAUAGCUUCCUUGUAUGCCAUCAAAUCUUUCGGACGGCACAUGCUCUAUCCGGGCUCGAUGGCUUUAUUGAAUUACUUGCUCCACAAUAAUCUUCAAUUAGCUCGUGGUUUAUUAGUAACCAGAAAGGGUGGUAAACGGGUCUGGAUCAGAAGCACUCAAGGCGAUCUGAUUGAUGCCAUGUACGUCUCUGCUCCGGAAUUUGUGCCUGACGAGAGAAAAGACACUUUGGUAAUCUGUUGUGAAGGAAACGCCGGCUUCUACGAGAUUGGAAUCGUGAGCACACCAGCUGAACUCGGAUAUCACGUCUUAGGUUGGAAUCAUCCCGGCUUUGGUGAAAGUUCUGGGCUUCCAUACCCAGAGAGAACAUUAGCUGCCGCUGAUAGUGUCAUGCAGUAUGCUAUAAAUGUGCUGAAGUUCAAAGAAGAAAACAUUGUAUUAUUCGGAUGGUCGAUUGGAGGAUAUCCUUCUUCUUGGUUGGCUGCGAAUUAUCCAAAAAUUAAAGGACUUGUUCUGGACGCAACUUUUGACGAUGUUCUGCCAUUAGCCAUCGCUCGCAUGCCUAAGUUUCUUUCUGGAGUUGUCGAAUAUGCUGUGAGAAAUCAUUUCAAUCUGGAAAUUCAUAGAAUUUUGGCCAAAUACAAAGGGCCUCUUCGGCUUAUUCGAAGACUACAAGAAGAAAUUUUAACGACUGAUGACACUGGAGGAGAAGAGGAGAAAAGAGCAUCCAAUAGAGCCAAUUUCCUCUUGAAAGAAGUUAUUAAAGUUCGUCAUCCAGACGUUAUUCAUAAUUUGGAACCACUGGUUGAUCGUUGGCUUGCGAUGUCACCAAACGAGAGAGCAAUGUCUGCCCACGAGUCAAUGAAUACUGGAAAUGGAGAAAUUCUUGCGAAACUCUUCCAAGUAUGUGAUCAUUACCUAGUCGACUUUGAUGCAACACACGUCACUCCUCUAGAUCCUGGAUAUUUCAACAUUCCAACGGAAUAUCGCGAAUAG